AUGCUGAGUGCCCCAGCGACCUCGGCACCGCUGCGCCGCACUGGCGUGCUCGCAUCACGCCGUCCCCUGGGCCUGGCGCACGCGACGCGCACGCGGCCGCCGCGUCCCGGGCGGCGGCGCACUCUUGGCGUGGCAUGCCGUUAUGAAGCGCUGCUGGAGCCGGCUAUCGACGAGACGGUCCGGCGCGCCCUCGUCACCAUGGGUGGGGCCGGUGCCCAGGCGGGCGGAGCGGGCGCUGUCGUGCUGCACGGCGCCCACCACGCCGCGUCCCACGCGGCAGUGGGUGGCGCCCAGGGCGGCCUGUUCCUAAGCACAUUCUGCGCCCUGUCUGUGGCGCUUGGGGCGCUGCUGUACCACUUUGGCGGGGUUGUGUCUGAGAUCGUGCGGCUGAGGAGGCAGGAAGAGGAGCGGCUCAAGGAGCCCGUGCUGCUGCACGGCGUGGACGUGUCCCGAAGCGCGCUGCUGGGGGACGAACGCGUGCUGGCGGCCGCGCGCUUUGCUGCGGCGGCGCACGAGGGGCAGGUGCGCAAGACGGGGGAGCCCUACGUGGCGCACUGCGUGGAGGCUGCGCUGAUCGUGGAGCGCAACCUGCCGCGCAGGGAGGCGGAGGCCGACAGGUGGGUGGGGUUGUGGCUGAGGGGGUUGACGGCGGCCUGGCACUGUGGUCGAGUGCUCUCUGGGGGGCGUUGA